AUGGCAAAACCGGGCGAAUCGUUUUCGGAAGACCCGUCCGUAGAAAAAUAUUAUGGACAGCGUCAUCGAUUGUGGUCUCGGUUUGACGAAGGCAUUUGGAUGACGAAAAGGGGUUGGUGCGAGGUAACGCCUGAGAGCAUUGCCCGCUCAUCAGCCGAGAUUCACCAAACUCUUCACAAGAGGGGCUGUGUUCUUGAGCUGUUUUGUGGAUGUGGUGGCGACACAGUUCAACUUGCACAGGUUUAUGACAAGGUGAUUGCUGUUGACAAUGAUGAGGAAGCCAUUGAGGCAGCGAAAAAGAACGUGGAGGUGUACGGCGUCUCUGAUCGGGUUUCAUUCAUUUGUUGUGAUUUUAAAUCAAUAAAGGAAAAUGAUUUUGUUGUUGAUGCAGUCCAUUGUUCUCCUCCUUGGGGUGGAGAGCUGUACGCUGGCGCCCCUUUUUUCCAUACGGAUAAUUCCUUGUGUGAAACUAUUGGUACCAAUUUCUUCGAGCUUUUUGAGUUCAUUCAGGGGUUCUCAAAGAAUAUCACCAUGUUUUUCCCGCGUAAUACUCUGCUGUACUCUGUUGUCCCUCGCGGUUUUAGUGGCAAUUUUGCAGUUCGAACGCAUUAUGUCAACGAUCGCUGCAAGGCUAUAACAAUAAGCUGGGGUGGUUUGGUAGACUGUACUCCACUUAGGGCGCCUACAGCACCAGUUUACUCAUUAAAGAACAAGGUAGUGCCUCGCAUAGAGAAGCGAGGCCGCGGCUCGUAA